AUGGUGCGCAACAUUGAGGUUGCGCCUCCAUCACACGCCACAAAGGAUUUGAACUACACAAGGCCGGGGAACACGGAAAACGUGCAGAUACACGUGCAGAAAUGGAAUGAAAUCACCGCGACAGAGGGAGUGCAGCGGAAGGAGUUGCUGGAGCCCUGCGUCUCGAUACUGGAUGUCUUCGAGUUUCUAGCCGUAGAUGAUGCCAUUUGCAGCGGCCUGCGCGUGUUGCAAUCUGCUUUGGUCGCCAUGACGGCGUCUUCCGCAGAAGACGGCGUGAAACGGAUGAUGCAGGCAGUCCUGGAGAAGACGAGAUCCGAAGAUGCUGAGGUAGUGCUCAUGGCCUUGAGAUGUGCGCAUCGCAUUUGGUCGGACCUUGGGAUUCAGGUGGUGAUGUCUCUGUCAGAAGUUGUGAUGUACACCUCCGAGUUGCAAGACCACGAGGACAGCCGAGUCGAAACAGAAGUGAAGGCAAUGGUGCGUACCAUUGAGGACAGCCGGGUGAAAGCAGAGGUGAAGGCAAUGGUGCGCAACAUUGAGGUUGCGCCUCCAUCACACGCCACAAAGGAUUUGAACUACACAAGUGCCAGCCUCAGUGUGAAAGGUUAUAGCUCAACAAGUGCACAAGGAAAUUUGGAAGUGGCGGAAUACGCCCUGCUGAGCCGGCUGGCCAAAAAGAAGUGGCGAAACUUGGUGGACAGACCGACAGGCCCAAAGUUUAAUUCAUUGAGAAAUUUCGAAACGACGGACAAGUUCUUGCUGUUGGAGAGGUUCAGAAGACCCAUGUGGACUGUGAGCCAGUCGAGCCCGUCCUGCAAGACAUAUCCGAAGAGGCUUUUGUUCUUGACUCACAAAACAUCCCUCGAAGAUGAUGACGCGGCGGCCGUUCAGAGCAUCCGCAAGCUGUGGAGCGACCCUGCAUCAUUCAAGACCACGGAGUUUGAGACAAGACAACGUCCAGAAGCAAAGGUCUGGGCGGAGUCUUUUGAGGAGUUGCUGGAGCCCUGCGUCUCGAUACUGGAUGUCUUCGAGUUUCUAGCCGUAGAUGAUGCCAUUUGCAGCGGCCUGCGCGUGUUGCAAUCUGCUUUGGUCGCCAUGACGGCGUCUUCCGCAGAAGACGGCGUGAAACGGAUGAUGCAGGUGUGUAGCAAGCUGCAUGGAACCUGGUCGCGGAGAUUUCAACCUGGAUGA